AUGAUACGCAAAGUUUGUUUUCAAGGUCCGAGUGGGUUACCAGUUCUGAAUCACAGUACUGGACCACCUACGCUUCCUGGAUAUGGUCCCGGUCCCACUCCUUCAGCUCUUGGUUCUUCCAAUUUCAUUCAUAGAACUAAUCUUCCCUCUGCUUCUUCCCCUCUUAAUCCAGCUAUCAGGUUGUGGAUCACUAACUGGUGGAGAAAUCUGAGGGGCGUUUUAGGUAUCAACCAGGUCAGGUUAGAGCCUUUGGGGCGUUUUAGGUAUCAACCAGGUCAGGUUAGAGCCUUUGGAAUGAUAGCUGGUGGAUCUGGCAUCACUCCGAUGUUUCAGGUUGUUAGAGCUGUUCUAGAAAACCCUUCAAACAAGACAAAGGUGCAUCUCGUCUAUGCUAAUGUCAUGGGUAAAGUUGGACCUGGCGGCCAUCCAUCUGCGAUUGAAACUGGGACGAAGUUUUACAUAUCAAACCUUGAUUACAGUAUCUCGAAUGAUGAUAUUAAGGUAUUUGAAAUUGAUAACAUGAAAGCAUGGAAAUCUGUUUUGAUAUUUGCCACUUCAUGUGCAUUGGGGCUUUUCAUGAUUGCUAAAUCCCCAUGGUAUUUUCUUCCAUUAGCUUGGGCAUGGACAGAAACUGCAGUUACAGGGGUAAAAUUGUAA